CGACCAGCGCAUGAGGGAGGUGAUGGCUUUCAGCUCUGGGGUGCGCGUCUGCAUCGGCAGGAACCUGGCAUGGGUGGAGCUGUACACGGUCCUGGCCAACAUUCUGCGUGAGUUCGACAUGCGGGUGCCCGAGGACUCUGAGUACGGCCCGCAAAGGAAGAACGAGAUUGGCGAGCCGGCAGAAAUACCUGGUGCUGCGUUCAUCACUUGUGGCCCUCGCAACCCAAAGGUCGACUGCUGGAUCGAUAUUCGGCGCCACUCAUCCGCAGUUUGAACUCUCCUCCUUCUCUUGACUUCUUUACUUCAUUUUCCUGUUUGCUGUUUAUUUCGCCCUUACGGAAUGCUAGCAAAAUGCAGUCUGCUAGAGCAACUAAAUUGGACCGCCCGGAGCGGCGAUAUGCAAGCAGGUCAGCAUUGCAGCAUGCAGUACAGUCUAUGAGCGUUGACGGCAAGCCAGCCCUGAUGCAGCUUGAGGGCAUGGGCACGCUGUGGAAGCAGCAACAGCAGCAGCAGCAUCAGCAUAAUGACAGCAAGAAAAAAGCGUGUGUGGAGCCCUUCGCGUACCCGGCAUUGCAGCAAAUUUCGUUCCAGAAUGCACUUGUGGUUGUAAAUGAGGCAAUAGCCAGCUCUGCGUCUCAUGCCAGGAGGCUAGAGCCACAGGAUCAUAAUGCUCAAGCCCAAGGUCAGCAUGGAGCAGCUCAAGCACAGCGCAAACCGGUAGAUCCAGCACCAGCACCAGCACCAGCACCAGCACCAGCACCAGCACUAGCACCAGCACUAGCACCAGCGGCGCCAAAGCCGACUCAACCAAACGGUAGACCAGCUAAUGCACAUACUCCAUCACUGCAAUCAAAUAUCCCUGGCAGAGACUCUGGGCCGCGUAAGGAUUUUGCUAAAUCCGACAAGGCACGAACAGCGAUGGAUCUGGAUAGCAAUUCUCAGAGACUGCAACGACAGCAGCCAGCUGCUCAACAGCCACAGCCGCAGGUUUCAAAAGCGACCAGUCUAAUGAAACCCCUGAACAUGAGAUCCAGUGAGAGCCGCGGAGGAAGCUCUGACCUCGGCUGGGAGUCCGAAAACGAUGCCUUGGAACAUGCAGAUACACGAUCAAUGCAGCCUGCGGUCCAGCCCGCUCGCCAGCAGACAUAUGCGGAUACUCCACUGCGCGCUGACAGCAGCUUGCAGGAAGCUCGGUCGGAUCAUGCGGUGGCCAGUAAGUCCAGAGAGGUACUUCGGCCGCCACUGCCUCCUGCAGCGCCCGUUGCUAGCACCAGCAGGGUGCAGACGCAGGAUGAUCUAACUGUGGACAGCAUCAGCCCUAUGGAUGCUGAUCUAGCCCCACAUCCCGCUCCUGCUAGCUCCAGCAAAGGCAAAAAAGUGGAUAGUGGCACCACUACUGUACCAAGUACCAAGCGCCAGGCGAUGCAGCAAGGCCCGUCGGUAGCAGAUGUAGUUUCUCCACCUGCCAAGCGUCCAAGGGCAGAGAGUGCAGAAGCGGUAGGCGCUAAGCAGCUGGUACUGCCAUGGCCCGGUGGCGCAGCUCCGAGCACGAGCCAGCUUGGACAGUCUGGUCAGCAAACAGCCCUAGACGAGAUGGAUAAGGCCACAAACGAGCUUAGUUUCUAUCUCCUUUCCUCAUACGUCCUGUCGAGCCAGGGCUUCGAGAUCCCUGGAGCUGUCGGCGAAGAUGUGGACAGGCUGCUCGAUAGCGCGCUUGAGGCAGCAGCCAGAAUUGAGCGUGGAGUAGACUAGUGGCGAAACCUAGCCCGAAAAUAAAAUUUGCUACAGGCUUUUGCUGUUCUUCU